AUCUGGAGUUACUCAAGGAGGAGGAGAAACGGCAGCAGGAUGCUCCUGAGCAAGCGGAUGCGCCGGUGGAACCCCCAACCUCCAGCCAGCAGCAGUCCCCACGGACCGAAACCGGGGGAUCCCCGCUCCCGGGGGACAAUGGGAGCGACGAAGCACCCAACACCUGCCGGGAAUGCGGGAAGAGCUUCCGUCGCCGCUCGGCCUUGGUGAACCACCAUCGGAUACACACGGGCGAACGACCCUUCAGCUGCCCGGAUUGCGGGCGCCGCUUCAACCGUCGUUACAACCUGAUCACCCACCGACGCAUCCACACCGGCGACAAGCCCUGCAAGUGUCCCGACUGCGGGAAGAGCUACCGCGCCAGUUCCACCCUCAUCCGCCAUCAGAAGACGCACACGGGCGAACGACCUUACCGGUGCGAGGAGUGCGGGAAGAGCUUCAGGCACAGAUCCACGUUGACCAUCCAUCACCGCGUGCACUCGGGGGAGAGGCCCUACAAGUGCCCCGAAUGCCACAAAAGCUUCAAGAUCAGCUCGGAGUUGGUGCGGCACUGGCGGACCCACACCAGCGAGAGACCCUGCAAGUGUUCCCAGUGCCACAAGAGCUUCAAGAGCAGCUCGGAGCUGGUACGGCACUGGAGGACCCACACCGGCGAACGACCCUACGAUUGCUCCCAGUGCGGGCGACGGUUCAGCGACAGCUCCCAACUGGUACGGCACUGGAGGACCCACACCGGAGAACGACCCUACGAUUGCUCCCAGUGCGGGCGACGGUUCAGCGACAGCUCCCAACUGGUACGGCACUGGAGGACCCACACCGGAGAACGACCCUACGAUUGCUCCCAGUGCGGGAGACGUUUCGGUGACGGCUCCCAGCUCACCAAGCACCGACAGAUACACGCCGGUGAGAAGGAUCUGCACUGCCCCGACUGCGGCAGGGGCUUCAACCGUCGCUCCAGCCUCCUGGUUCACCAGCGAUCCCACCUGGAGCAGAAACCCUAUAUUUGCUUGGAUUGCCCCAAAAGCUUCACCUGCAGCUCCCAGCUCAUCCGGCAUCGGCAGAUCCAUAGCGAGGAGAAGCCUUAG